AUGUCUUCGUGUAAUGGGCUUCUCUGUUGCCAGAGUUGCAUCCAUCCUAUUGAUGACAUUUAUAGAAGAGCGAAAAAUAGGGAGGCAAAGGAACUGGUGAUAUACAUUUGCAACCCAAUGACUAAAGAAUGGAUUGCAUUGAAGCCAGAAGGGUGUGUUUUUGGUGAUAGCAUUGGAUUAGCUUUCUAUCCAUUUGGUUAUUCAUUAAACACUCGCCCUAUUUUCAAGUUGGUAAGCAUUCAACAAUCAAAAGUGGAUCCACAUUUGUAUUCAUUUGCAGUGUACUCCUCACAGACAGGUAGUUGGACAACUACUAAAGAGGUUUGCCAUUGCAGAUAUCAAAUUUACAAAAACAAUAAAGUUUUCGUUGGUAAGAGGUUCAAUUGGCUAACUCAGAACCACCAUAUUUUGAGUUUUGAUGUCGAAAGAGAGCUUUCGAAGGUGAUUAAGUUACCUGGCGAAGCUUCAAGGUCACUCACUCUUGGAUGUUCAGAAGGAUAUCUCCAUUAUGUGUGUGUGCAUGGUGAAGAUUUUAGUGUGUGGAUGUUGAAAGAUUAUUCCUCAUCUGAGUGGGUGCUCAAGUAUCAGGUGACAUUGGUUGAUAUAUGUCAAGAAAGUUUUACAGAUUUGACUCACUGUAAUGUAAAAAGGCGCUUGCUUUUGGCUAAGGGGUGGAAUUUGUGA